CUUCGCCUGAAGCGAGCGCUAAAACCUGCUUGCAGCUGGGGGGGGGAGUCACCGGUAAAGCGGCCCCGAGCUUGGGGGUUGGCUCCUCCCGGCCCCCCUUAACGCUGCCGGAGGGUUGGGGCCCUCCUCGGGAGGUCGGGCCCCGUGGAGCGAGGCCCGCGGCUCUGGGCCCGGCCCUGCAGCAGCCCCCUCGUCCCCCAAAGCGGGUUGCGCGGCGCGUCCAGCGUGCGGAGUACCUGCUCGCCCCCGUGCCGUGUCCCCGAGGUGAUGUGGCUGCGAGUAACUGGGGGCGCCGACAGCGCCGGUGCUAGCUGAAAAUGAGCGAAGGUAAAUGUCUAGAUGAGGAAGACGACCAUGAGCAGAUAGUGGAUUUUACGGAGAACUUUAACCAGCUGGAAUUGCUGGAAACGCACCGGCAUUUGAUUCCUGUAGGAACGCAGAGUUGUUGGUCAGGACAGUCCGAAGAUGAAGAAGAGGAACAAGAAAAAAGUGAGGAAUGGUAUGAAAUGCAAGAAAAAAAAAUGGAAAAAAAUCCAGACAAAUUGCUGCUCUGGGCAGCUGAAAACAACCGACUGAGCACAGUGCGAAGGCUUCUUUCCCAAAAGCUAGCUCCAGUUAACACUCGUGAUGAAGAUCAAUACACUCCCCUGCAUCGAGCUGCCUACAGUGGGCAUUUGGACAUUGCACAUGAAUUGGUUGCCCACGGGGCAGAUGUUCAUGCUUUGACAGUGGAUGGCUGGACACCUCUGCACAGCGCUUGUAAGUGGAACAAUACAAAAGUGGCCUCGUUCUUGCUUCAGCAGGGUGCAGACAUCAAUGCUCAGACAAACGGAUUGUUGACACCGUUGCAUAUUGCUGCGGGAAACAAAAAUAGUAAACAAACCCUUCUGCUUUUGCUGAUGAAUCGCUAUGUGAAACCAGACUUGAAAAAUAACUUGGAUGAAACUGCCCUUGACAUUGCUAGGAGGACUGACGUAUAUCACUACCUUUUUGAAAUAGUAGAAGACUGCAUAAAUUGUGUGUCAAAUUCUUAAAAGUUGUAACUAAUCUUAUGAAUGAGCUUUACUUCCUCUUGAUUGUAAUCCAGCACUCUGUAUGCUCAGCAGUUGCGUUUUGUCCAUGCUUAACAAGGAUUUAAUUGGAGAUAGUUUAGUAUUCUUAUGAAUCAAAAUGUCAGGUUUUUUUGCAGUUCAUCUACAGUAGGCUCGUACUUUGAAGUGUGAUCGCUGUUACUCAAGCUAUCCAGAAAGUUGCAGUGAAUUCAGUAGUUUCAGUGAGUCUUCACUUAACUCAUGCAAAUUUGGAGGGACCUACUGUAAUUAGACCCAAACAGUAGUGUGUUUUAAAGCUGGAGGGAAAAUUUGAAUAUUUACAUAAUGUGAAAAAAUUCUGGCUGGGUUAGGCUGACUUUAUUAAAACUCAUUUGGAUCUUAAUUUUUGAAAAAUUUUACUUUUUAAAGACUGCAUGAAAGCUCAGGAUGAAUGUAACUUAUUUGGGGGAUGCAUAAAAUGUUUGGUGAUCCUGGUGUAAAGCUUGUUAUAAAAUAUUUAACAGUAAAUGUUGUGUUGUCAUAUUUUUAAUUGAAAGUUCAAUAAUGAAUGCAAUUGCUUGUUCAUAAUCAGAAGCAUUAUUCAGAGAAUGCUAAAGUAGUUUCAGUUUAUUUUUCCUGGUACUUUAGAGAAAGUCAGAGUUGAGUAAAGUUUUACUGCUGUGGAUAUGGCAUUAGCUGGAACAAGUGAACCUUAAUUGUGUGAAGAUAAACAGUCAACAUACUAUUGUGUUUAAUUUAGUUAUAACUAAGUUAGUAUAGGACAUGCUCAACUGUGUUUCUGCUCCAUUUUUGAAUCCGUAGAGAGAAUCUCUUAUUCCAAGUCAAAUACUAGGAUAGCAGCAUGGCUUAAAAACUUCACUAGUAUUUUUUCCCUCAAAAUUCUGUAAUUUGCAGACAGUUCUGUUCUUUUCAUUUCCUUAUUUGAUGCAUUUUUAAUUCAUGAUAGCUAAUAUUGCUAACUCUAGGCACUCAAACGUGAGCUGGGCUUCUAAAAGUCCUGACAUUGAUUUGACUGCCAUUAUUUAACCAAACUUGAGGUGUAUUAUUUUUCAUUUUAUGAUUGUGAGUCCUUUAGCAUGCAGCUGAAUGCAGGCUUUUAUCUUCAGUCAUGCAAGCUAGGACCUCACUUAUCUGCAGCGAAAGUUAGAGUCCUUGGGUAUUCUCAUGACUCUGAGUUCAAGGACUUUAAUGAAUAGACUAAGUUCACCCAAAGACUUGCAGGGAAAAAUCAGAAGUGUUGAUAAUACUACAUGAUUCCUUUUUUUUUUUUCUGCUUUGCCCAAUGACUAACACUAUGCAAUAAAUAUAUCCAAACUCUGUUAA